AUGGAGAAAGACGCAAUUUCGGAAGGCGAUUUUUCAAAAGUACCCGCCUCAUGCAGACAAUUUACUUUCUACUGUGCUUCUAUUCCAUUCUUCUUUUAUAAAACCUGUGAUGCCCUUGUGCUUCUUACUCCUAUCUAUCUAUCUAUCUAUCUAUCUAUCUAUCUAUCUAUCUAUCUAUUUCAGUCUAUUCAUUAUCAAUCUAUCUAUCUAUCUAUUUCAGUCUAUUCAUUAUCUAUCUAUCUAUCUAUCUAUCUAUCUAUCUAUGUCAUUUCAUUUUCUCAGUCUUUUCAUUAUCUCUCAAUCAAUCUAUCAAUCUGUCCAUCAUCUAUUUAUCUAUCAAUGUACCUCAAUAUGUUCAUAUCUAUCUAUCUAUCUAUCUAUCUAUCUAUCUAUCUAUCUAUCUCAGUCUGUUCAUAUCUAUCUCUCUCUCUCUCUCUCUCUCUCUCUAUAUAUAUAUAUAUAUAUAUAUAUAUAUAUAUAUAUAUCAGUCUGUUCAUAUCUAUCUAUCUAUCUAUGUUCAUAACUAUCUAUCUAUCUAUCUAUCUUUCUCUCUCUCUCUCUCUCUCUCUCUCUCUCUAUAUAUAUAUAUAUAUAUAUAUAUAUCAGUUUGUUCAUAUCUAUCUAUCACACAGUCUGUUCAUAUCUAUCUAUCUAUAUCAGUCUGUUCAUAUCUAUCUAUCUAUCUAUCUAUCUAUCUAUCUCAUCUGUUCAUAUCUAUCUAUCUAUAUCAGUCUGUUCAUAUCUAUCUAUCUAUCUAUCUAUCUAUCUCAUCUAUCUCAUCUGUUCAUAUCAUCUAUCUAUAUCAGUCUGUUCAUAUCUAUCUAUCUAUCUAUCAUCUAUCUAUCUCAGUCUGUUCAUAUCUAUCUCUCUCUCUCUCUCUCUCUCUCUAUAUAUAUAUAUAUAUAUAUAUAUAUAUAUAUAUAUAUCAGUCUGUUCAUAUCUAUCUAUCUAUCUAUGUUCAUAACUAUCUAUCUAUCUAUCUAUCUAUCUAUCUUUCUCUCUCUCUCUCUCUCUAUAUAUAUAUAUAUAUAUAUAUCAGUUUGUUCAUAUCUAUCUAACUAUCUCAGUCUGUUCAUAUCUAUCUAUCUAUAUCAGCAUCAUAUUCACAUUGCACCAACGACGCAGGAUCAGCCGUCGAUAGGCGCGGAUGUGUGCUGCAAAACACGGCCUGAUCGGACACAUUCUGAACACACUCACACUUAA